AUGGCACGGAUGUCAUGCGGAUGCUCAUGGGUGCAUGUGGGAGGUGGAGAUGGGUGCAUGUGGGAGGUGGAGAUGGGUGCGUGUGGGAGGUGGAGAUGGGUGCAUGUGAGAGGUGGAGAUGGGUGCAUGUGGGAGGUGGAGAUGGAUGCAUGUGAGAGGUGGAGAUGGGUGCAUGUGGGAGGUGGAGAUGGGUGCGUGUGGGAGGUGGAGAUGGGUGCAUGUGAGAGGUGGAGAUGGGUGCGUGUGGGAGGAGGAGAUGGGUGCAUGUGGGAGGUGGAGAUGGGUGCAUGUGGGAGGUGGAGAUGGGUGCAUGUGGGAGGUGGAGAUGGGUGCAUGUGGGAGGUGGAGAUGGGUGCAUGUGGGAGGUGGAGAUGGGUGCAUGUGGGAGGUGGAGAUGGGUGCAUGUGGGAGGUGGAGAUGGGUGCAUGUGGGAGGUGGAGAUGGGUGCAUGUGGGAGGUGGAGAUGGGUGCAUGUGGGAGGUGGAGAUGGGUGCAUGUGGGAGGUGGAGAUGGGUGCUUGUGGGAGGUGGAGGUGGUGGGAUACGUCAAACUGGUGUGCACGGAAAGAAACCCCUCCCCUCUCACAUACGUGUGCACUCGUUCUUCUCCAUUUUGAAGCCUUUUUUGCACCGACACACCGGCUUUCCUCCCUUCACUAUGCACUGGGCAUUCACACAGCAAGCAGGCUUGCACAUGGCUGGCGUGGGUGGGAGAUGGGAGAUGAGUGUGCCCGUCUUACACGGGUCUGCCGCUGCUAUUGGUGGAGAAGGGAGGGAUUCAGCGUUAGCUUGA